GCUGAGAAUAGAAACUUUUUUAGUUGAAUGUGUAGUUAAAGGAUUUGAUUUUAAGACAGACUUGAAAAUGUUUGUGAGAAGUCUUGGUCUUUUUGUGCAUCAGGCUCUCUUCCUCCCCUUUAUCAGAACUUCUGGUUUCCUCUAAAUACAGAUAGGAUCUAAGAAAGCCAUGAGAGGAUGUUCGAUGAUCUGUCACAGUGUAUGUCUGUCACAGUACCAGAGAAGAUAUUAAACGAUGAGUGGGAUUUUUCUCUCUCUGUUGAUGCUUUCAUGUGUCAUAAUGAAAAUCUUAGCCCUGCAUCUCAUUGAACUCCCUCCGAUGGAAUGUUCUCAAGAGGGAGUAGAAUGCAAGGUUCAAGUAGGUAACUGUUCAGAUGAGGGUUGGGUGGUGCCAAGGUCUGAUGCCCCAGGGUUUCCUUUUGUAACUGCAGAGAUAGCAGCCAAGAGAGAUGACAGUGGACAGUUUGCACCAGUUCUGUUCAUUACAUGGAGGCAGUUACCUGACAGUAGUAUAUUCACCCUAAAAGGGACUGAAGUGCGUGUGCUUGAAAUGUCCACAAAUCACAGCGUUUGUGUUCGUUACAUUUUUUGUAACACACUACUGAGAAAAAACCCAGAACAGGACAGGUGGACAUUUUCUUUGGACAGAUUUGUGGUCAUUCCCAACUUUCAAUACCAGGUUUUUGUAACCAAUUUACCAAAGUCAGACAUAGGGAGCUAUGCAGUGAUAACCAACAUCACAGUUCCAGAGUGCAUUUGGAAUCCGAAGGAAAAAUGGUCAGUGACAAAAUGUAAAGAAAAUGGUGACUUGGUGAUAACCAUAGAAUUUGAACCAGUUCAGUUCUCUGACCAGUACAAAGUCUCCAUCUGCAGUCCUGACCUUGACCCAGAGCUGGUAUACUCCACACCAUCUGUUGAUAACAAGCCAGUUCUGAGGGUUAAUUUCACAUUGGAAGCAUGCCGGAUAAAUCACUGCAUUUUGGAUUUGGUGAUUCAACCACUGUCGGUUCAGAGCAUGAAUAACUGUCUGGAAUACAGAAAGAAAGUUGAUAUAUGUCCCUUUCUUCCAGGUGCUCCUGUUGUUUUUAUCGUUUUGGUGACACUGGUGCUGUUGUUGGCUUUACUGGCAGCUGCUGUUUGCAUUUUUGGCUGUAUUAGAUUUGUGAAGAACAAGGAUUCACAUAAAGAAACACCCUCCUCAGACAGCCCAGCAUGUGCAAAGGGUAAACUGGAGUGGAAUUCCAUUCAAGAGCCUAAGAGGGUCAUCAUCAUUUAUUCUCUGGACCACCCCCUGUACAAAGAAAUCAUCUUAAAGCUAUGUGCCUUCAUGAGGGCUAAAUGUGGUACAGACAUCACUCUGGAUCUCCUGGAUGCCACCUGGCUCAGCACAAUCGGCAGAAUUCAGUGGCUGGAUAUGCAAAGGGAACGAAUCUCCAAGUCCUUAGAUAAAGUCCUGAUCUUGUGUUCUCCAGGUGUACAUGCCAAGUGGAAGGCCAUGUGCGGUGAGCACAAAGUGAGACUGAAGGAGGAUGAACAUUCACCCAUUGGAGACAUGCUCACGCCGGCUCUGAGCCUCAUUAUACCAGAUUUUGUUCAUGCUUCAUCUUUCCACAAGUACAUGGUGGCUUAUUUUGAUGACGUUUGCAGUGAGAAUGACGUUCCAGCACCUUUUAACAUCGUGGUGAAGUACAAACUCAUGAAGCACUUUGAAGAACUUUACUUCCGAAUCCUAGACAUGGAAAAACAUGAGCCAGGACAGAUUAAGUGCAUUGAAGGCAUUAGGGAGAAUGAUUACUUCUGUUGUCCAUCAGGACAAGGGCUUCGGGAUGCUAUUGAAGCUUUUAAAAAUUACCAGCUGAAGAAUCCAAACUGGUUUAAAAUGGAGCUUUUGGACACUGAUGAUGAAGAAGAGGAAACCUUCUUGGAGUCAACAUUUCCUAUUAACUAUAGCUCUGUCACUGAAUGCCAUCAGCUGUUUGAAGGGCAUAAAGCUCAUACAUUUGUCAAUAUGAUUAAGCAUCAGAAUGGUGAACAUGUUUUAAAGUCUUCUAUCGCAGAGACAGCCAUAAUACUCAGCGAGAAUUCUUCAGAUCUUACCACAGAUGUGUAUUCCAGUGGUCCAGUACUGAGUAGCUUUACAGAUAUUAAUGUGAAAGGUUUACCAGCAACUAAACCUGUGGCACAACAUGCUUUAUGCUUACAGGCUCUGUGA